AUGGGAAGCUGUUCUGGUCUAUGUUCAAAAAUCAUUGUGGAUAAACCUAUCAUACUUAACGUUUCAGAGGUUGAAGUUAUUGAGGGUGUCCUCAGUGAUGAAUAUUAUCAUCUAUCAGCGUAAAUGUCAUAACAAGUGGAGGAUAAACAGAUUUUGAGAUUGGAAACUGGUGCGAUAUAUGAAGGUGACUUAUUGAAUGGAGCCAGACAUGGGAGAGGAAAACAAACAUGGCCAGAUGGUAAUUAAGUCAGUGAUUUAAGGAUCUUAUUACAUAGGAGAUUUUAUAAAUGAUAAAGCUUAAGGUUAUGGAAAACUAGUGAAUAUCAGUGGGAAUAUUUAUGAAGGACAAUGGAUGGAUGAUAAGGCAAAUGGCAUAGGCAAAUUUAUAAGCACUGACGGAUCAUAUUAUGAAGGCGAAUGGCUGAAUGACAAACAACAUGGAUAAGGGAAGGAAUAAUGUUCGAGUAAAUGUAUAAGGCAUAAUUAUCUAGAUGGCUCUUACUAUGAAGGAGAGUUUUAUAAGGGUGCUCGACAUGGCAAGGGAAAACUAGUUACCAAAGAUGGAUGUUAAUAUGUUGGAACAUUUGAAAAUGGAGUAAUUAGCGGAUAAGGUAUUCAUUAAUAUCCAACUGAGAUAAGGUACAUAUAAAUGGGCAGAUGGAAAAACUUAUGAAGGCGAUUUUAAACAUGGACAACUGUGGGGCAAGGGAGUCAUGAAAUGGGAAGAUGAUCGAGAAUACACAGGAGAAUUUAAAGAAGAUAAAAGACAUGGCUUUGGAACUUAUAAAUGGAAUGGCAGAAAAUACAUUGGGGAAUGGUUAAAUGGACAAUAGCAUGGAAAGGGCGUCUACAUUAGAGAAGAUGGAUAGUAAAGAGAGGGAAUCUGGCAGUAUGGAAUUAGAGUAAGGUGGAACGAUAAAUUAUAAACCCAAUAAGAGUAUGAAACAACUCAAAACUGA